AUGGCUUCUAGUAGUAGUGUCCCAUUUGUUGUACAGAAUACUACUACAGAGCAGUGUUUCUCCAAUUCAUGUUACUAUUGUCCAGACAAUCUAAACCAAUUUGCUGUGAGCCUUCGACGAGGACCUUCACGGCCUUUCACUACAGGAAAGAAGCUCUACCUUGCUCUUGUCAAUGGCACGAUGAGUACAGCAGAUGAGAAAGUUGCAAAGGGCCACAUAUCUUUAAAUUCAGAGCAUUGCAAAUCUCUUGAUGUUUCACUGGGAGGUACCAUCCUUUUGAAAGUGUUUGUUCCACCAUUGAAUGGGUUUGAUGUGGAUGUAUUGAAAAUCAUGGUUGAAUUACAUCCUGAAAGUUCAAGUUCAAUUCAAAUGGUUUUUACUGAAUAUCAGAGAACGGUAUUUGCAUAUAAAGGAAGCUUGUAUGUCUACAGUGUUGUGGAAGUUUCUCUCCAUGAGAGUGAAUCCCAAACCACCCCAAAGCAAGGGAUGAUCCGUAAGCGCACAAAAGCCAUAGUUGAAGUUCCACAAUCACUGGGUGCCCUAAUCCGUGGAGCUGAAACAUUUAAAAACAUAUUUAGGGAAGGCUUCAAUACGGAAUCACUGGAAGAAGUACUGAUAUCACUUGGUAUUGGAGGCAUGACAUCCCAAUUUGCUCAAAUACUACAGUCUGCAUUUGGCUCAUGGAUGGUUCCUCCUUCUGUAGCAAAGAGGCUGAAUUUGAAGCAUGUAAGAGGAAUGCUUCAAUAUGGGCCACCAGCUUCUGGAAAAACCUUGAUAGCACGAAGCAUUUACAAAUUUCUAAAUGCAAAAGAGCCCUGGUUUAUAAAUGGAUCGGUUGUGUUAGAUGAAUUCCAAGGUGAAUCAGAGAGGAAAAUAAGGUCACUCUUUAAAGCAGCCGCUGGGGAUGAAAAUAAAUUUGGAGCUAAAAGUGACCUACACGUCAUCAUAUUUGAUGAAAUUGAUUCCAUUGCUAAGGAAGGUAGAAUCGAACUACAUGUCAAAGUAGAGUACCUAGAUGAGCAAGGGCGCCUGCAAAUUUUGGGCAUCAACACAAGGAACAUGAGACAAAAUUUUGUACUCGAUAAAGAUGUGAAUCUUCAUGAAAUUACUUGUAGGACGGAUGGCUGUAGUGGCUCUGCCCUUGCAUCUCUAGUCACUCGUGCACAUUCAUAUGCUCGUGCACAUUCAUAUGCUGUGGUCCACACAGGGGAGAAUGGAUUACUACAGAAUGUCAAGAAUGAUUUCAAAGUAACAAUGAACCACUUUCUCCGUGCUAUAGAAGAUGUUAAGUCUAGACUUCAAGAAUCUGACUUGGAGCCAAGCAGAAUCCACAAAAACAAAAUGCAAAGUGAGAACGAUUAUAGAGCAGGUGAUAGAGAUUCAGCAAGAGGGUGGAGAUCACGGCCAAUGGGGCUAUGUAACCCGAAUCAAUGCUGUAACCUCAAGGUUGAAACACCUGAUGGUAGUUUUUGGAAGACAAAGAUCACCUUGUAUAACAGCAAACAUAGUUUACUUGUUAACGUGGAAGAAAACUAA